AUGUCUAUUUGUGAAAUCUGUUUUAUAAAAGACAAGCUUAAUAUUUGGUAUUAAUUAAAAAAUUCUAAAUUAGUCCUAAAUGCUCUAGAAAUGUUUGUUCAUUUUGUAUUAAGUUGUCAGAUUGCGAUCUUUGCAUUCUAAUAGAAAUGAAAUUUGCAUUUGUAAUAAUUGAAAAUAUAUUUUAUUUAGUAAUAUCAACAACAUAAUUUACAGAUUGAAGAGUAAGAAUAUUGGUUAAAAUAAAUUAAUGAAAAAUUAAAUACACUAAAUCAAGAAAUUUCCUUAAUACAAAAAGCAAAUUCACUUUUUAAUAAGAAUCAAAAUGAAAAAUGUUAAUAAUUAGAGUUUUAAAUGAGUUAAACAAUCAUUGAUAAACAACAUGAACUUGAAGAUAUUGAAACUGAAAUUGAAAAUUAAAAAGUAAAGUAUAUUUAUUUUAAUAUGAUUUUAGUUUAUAAUUCAAAUGAAGAAUUAAAUGAAUUAAAAAUAUAUCAAUUAAAAUUAUCAACACAAAAUAAAGAGUUAGAUUUAAAAAUAAAUGAAGCUGAGAAAGAAUAUGAGGUAUUACAAGAAACUUUAAAUUAAAAAAAAAUAACAAAUAUAUUAAAUCUUAUAAACUUUGAAAAAUAAAACUAGUUUAAUAAAAGGUAAUUUAGAUGA